AUGGAGGUUGAGCAAGAGGAAGAAGCUGAUAUAGUUCAUCAACAAGCUGUUUAUAUAUCGGAUCUCCCAGAGGAAUUAAUUGAAUACAUUUUCUUCCAUCUUUCCCCUUACAGGGAUCUUCAGUCUGCCAAGUUGGUUUGUCGCCAAUGGCACCGAUUGGUGCGAGGUGUUAUCCGUCAGUUGGAGCAAAAUUUUCAUGAUGCCAUUGCCUGUUCCCAGGUAUUAUGGACCAAACUUUUACCUGGAGACAAUCCUUCCAUAACCGAGCGCUACUCUCACUGUGCCUGUUACUAUGAUAAAUCUCUUUAUAUUUUUGGAGGAUGCACUUCCACUAAUACUACAUUCAAUGACUUAUGGCGCUUCAACCUGGCUACCAGAGAAUGGAUCAGGCCUCUUGCCACAGGAACCUAUCCAUCUCCAAAGGCUUGUGCCAGCAUGGUUGUCUAUAAGGAUAGCCUAGUUCUCUUUGGUGGAUGGAGUCACCCUACACCUUCUCCUUUGCACCAAGCAGCCCGAUUCUUUAAUGAGCUUCAUAUCUACACACCUCAUACGAACAGGUGGUCUUAUGUGACCUCCCGGAGUAUGCCUCAAUUGGUUGCAGGUCAUUCAGCUUGUGUGAUUAAAGAUUCUAUGAUAGUUUUUGGCGGAUCUAACUUUCCUGGCAUUGGUUCUAAUGAUAUCUGGAUAUUUGAUUUCAUUGAACGUUAUUGGUACAAAAAAGAAACUUAUGGGCCAAAACCAAGUCCACGUUAUGGCCAGUCUCAGAUUGCAGUUGAUGACAACCAUAUUCUUAUCAUUGGAGGAUGUGGAGGUCCAAAUCAGAUCUUCAAUGAUGUCUGGAUGUUGGUUCUGGAACCACAUAGUAUGUAUUGGGAAGAGAUCAAGGUAUUACAAUCAGAAUACAGUGCACCCCAACUCUGGUGCCAUCCUGCUUGUAAAGUUCAUGAUACAGUGGUUGUGCUGAGUAAGCCUGCUAAGUCAAUGAAGCUUAUUCCUCCAUCCCUGCCUAAAUGGUCCCAGUUGCGAGGACAGCGUUCCUGGCAGCAGCCCCAGUCCACGAAUGCUUUCCAUUCAUCAUCCGCAUCCAAUCGGGUAGACAGAGCCAGAGUAUCAAGUUGUGACCGAUUUGACAGGCUGACAGACAGCUCAAAAAAGGAUGAAGAACAGAAGAAUGAUAUGGAAACGGUGCACACUUCUUGGCCUGUUUAUGGUGAUUACAAUGCACAUUUACCACAGCAAAGUGUUACAAGACCUAAUACAACUGACAGUGACCGAUAUCCAAUUGUUAUGAGGCACUUAUCUCAGGAGCAAAGAUUAACUGACUCUUCUCACAGUUCUUUGACAUUAAAUGGAUCCUCAUCAAAUGAUGCUUCUACUUCAGCUGGAUUAUCUAUCAACAAAUCAACCUCUACGGAUGACUUACCUUCUAAUAAUGCAUCAAAUGGCGCACUUCCUUCUAACACAGCUUCUGCUGAUAAUGCUGCUUCGACCUCUUCAAAUGGAACAACUAUGCAUUAUACAGAUUCUCUCAAUGGAUCAUUUGCAAAUGGAGCAUCUAUGAACAGAUCCUCUUCAGAUGGAUCUGUUCUAAAUGCUGGUAGGCAUGAUACUGCUGGCAUGAAUGAAGGUGCUCAAAAUGGUUCUGUUAUGAAUGGCAUCCAAAGCAGAGCAGGUGGUUCUGCUUCCAAUGGUUUGCCAUCCGCCUCUGGGAGUGGACCUUUGGCUGGUGUCGGUCAUUCUUUGUUAAAUACUGUACCGUCUUCCCGAUUUUAUCAUCUGUCCAUGCGGCCAAACCGGCAAAAGCAGUUAGAGAUGCUGCAGCGGUAUGAAGACAAGAUAAAGAGACAGCAGCAGCAACGGCAGCAACCUCCGACCGGCUUUUUACGGACCAAUCACAAAAUGUCUCAGGGCUCUAAUCAAGGCCAAAACGGUCGCGGAUGUAGCUGCAGCAAUCUCUCAUCAUCGGGGAACACAUCAAACCCCAAAGAACCGCGGUCACUUAUGCAUCUUCACAAUCUAGACAUUAGUAAGGUGGUCACUGAAAAAAUUGUCACUUGGCAGAGAGUGCGAGAGAACAUUUCAGACUGCAUACCUGAGGAAGCAAUAUUCUACUCGUUAGUUGAGGGUCGUGGGGAGUUGAUAAUGUUUGGCGGCAUCCAGCGGGAUAUCAAUUCAAUGCAACGUGGUGUUCGUAUUAAAUCCCAUGUCGUUAGUAACAAUCUUUACGUCCUAGAAAAAAAAACGCUUUCUCUCUUUCCACCUCUUUCUCCUUCCACCUCUCUCUCCUUCUACCUCUUUCCCUUUCCACCUCUUUCUCUUUCCACCUCUCUCUCCUUCUACCUCUUUUUCUUUCUACCUCUCUCUCCUUCCACCUCUUUCUCUUUCCACCUCUCUCUCCUUCUACCUCUUUCUCCUUCCACCCUCCCGUGA